UACAGCCUGUAUGAAAAUACAAAAGAAAUUAUUAAUGCUUUCUUACGAUUUAUCCGUUUCCAGAAUAAGAGUAUAUUCUCAGACUAACAUCAUACAUGGUAUAAAGAAAUGUUUUUUAUUCAGUUUUAUACCUGUGGAGAAUUAUAUGGUGGGAAUAGUGGAUCAUUUAUUCAAACAGCCCCCUUUAGUUGGACAUUUGAGUUGUUUCCAACAUAGGACGUUAAUAAUCUUUGAACCCAUUAGCAUAUAUUCUUAGUCCCCAUUUAAAGAGACAAAAUGAGAAAUACGUAUUAGAUUUAGCUUUACAAAAAUUUCUGGGAAGGUGGAGGCAAUAAACUUUAGUUUGUUUAUGCUUCUAUUUCUUCACUCAAAUUGAAAUCAAUGUCUCCUAGAUAUUGAUAUGGUGGAAUCUACCAACUUGGAAAUGGGGAUCAUUUUCCUCAUUCUAACUGCAGCAGGAAUCCUUGGAAACGCCUCCCUCUGUCUUUAUAACUUCACUCUGCUCACUGGACACAACUUGAGGCCCACAGACUUGAUUCUCAACCAGCUGGUUUUAGCCAACAAUUUGGUUCUGUUCACUAAAGGAAUUCCGACAAUGACAGCUUUUGGAUGGAAAUAUUUCCUGGACGAUGAUGGAUGCAAACUUGUCUUCUAUUUUCACAGAGUGGCCAGAGGGGUUUCCCUUAGCACCACCUGCCUCCUGAGUAGCUUUCAGGUAAUUAAGCUUUGCCCCAGAAUCUGUAUGUGGUUGGGGCAGAGAAUUAGAUCCCAAAAGUGCAUUGGUGUCUGCUGUUUCUUCUUCUGGAUCCUGUAUCUGUUGUUAAAUACUUUUGUUGCUAUGAAUGUAACAGGAUCAAGAAAGAGCAAAAACAUGAGUAUGGAGAAAAGUUAUGGAUACUGUUACUCUCCCAUUCCAGACAGAUUUGUAGUCUUACUACAUGCUGUCAUGUUCUCCUCCAUUGAUGGUAUAUGUUUGGGCCUCAUGGUCUCAGCCAGUGGCUCCAUGGUCUUUGUCUUGCACAGACACAAGCAGCAAGUCCAACACAUUCACAGCAAUAGCCUCUCCCCCAGACAUUCCCAUGAGGCCAGAGCCACACACACCAUCCUGAUCCUGGUGAGCGUCUUUGUCUUCUUUUACUCUCUCUCUUCCAUUUCAGUUCUUUAUAUUACUCUUAUUGUGACACCAAGCCAGUGGCUUGUGGACACUUCUGUAUUCCUGGACUCAUGUUUUCCCACAGUUAGCCCCUUUUUGCUUAUCACCAAUGGCACCCGUUUCUCUUAGCUUUUGUUUGAUUUCUGGAACAGAAAAAACAUUUAUACGUAGGACAUAGUGGUAGUA